GCGGCCGAGAGCAGAGGCAGGACUGCAGGGCGGCCAGAGGGCGCGGGAGCCGGCAGAUCAAAGCAGGUACUGGACCGACCCCUGGCAGCGCCGCCCCGGCCCCGGCCGGCCGAUGGACCCCCCCGCGGCCAAGCGGAGCCGGGGCAGCCUCGCUGGACCAGAGGAGCGCGAUUCCCGGACCGGGGCCGCGCGAGGCCGGGGCCGGCCCGAGGCGCUGCUGGACCUCAGCGCCAAGCGAGUGGCCGAGAGCUGGGCCUUCGAGCAGGUUGAAGAGAGGUUCUCCCGGGUGCCAGAGCCAGUCCAAAAGCGCAUCGUGUUCUGGUCGUUUCCACGCAGUGAGCGUGAGAUAUGCAUGUACUCAUCACUGGGCUACCAGCCCCUGGAGGGUGAGCACGAUGCCCGGGUGCCCUUCACCCGCGGGCUGCACCUGCUGCAGAGCGGGGCCGUGGACCGUGUGCUGCAAGUGGGGUUCCACCUGAGUGGGAAUGUGCGGGAGCCGGGGGGCCCUGGUGAGCCCGAGCGUCUCUACCACAUCUCCAUCAGCUUUGAUCGCUGCAAGAUCACGUCCGUGAGCUGCGGCUGUGACAACCGCGACCUCUUCUACUGCUCCCACGUGGUGGCCCUGUCACUGUACCGCAUUCGGCAUGCCCGCCAGGUGGAGCUUCGGCUGCCCAUCUCUGAGACACUCUCCCAGAUGAACCGGGACCAGCUGCAGAAGUUCGUGCAGUACCUCAUCAGUGCCCACCACACUGAGGUGCUGCCCACUGCCCAGCGCUUGGCCGAUGAGAUACUCCUGUUGGGCUCUGAGAUCAACCUGGUGCAUGGUGCCCCAGACCCCACAGCAGGUGCAGGCAUCGAGGACGCCAACUGCUGGCACCUGGAUGAGGAGCAGAUCCAGGAGCAGGUGAAGCAGCUGCUGUCCAAUGGCGGCUACUAUGGUGCCAGCCAGCAGCUGCGCUCCAUGUUCAGCAAGGUGCGGGAAAUGCUGCGAAUGCGGGACUCCAAUGGGGCGCGCAUGCUGAUCCUCAUGACAGAGCAGUUCCUGCAGGACCCACACCUGGCACUGUGGCGGCAGCAAGGCGCAGGCAUGACUGACAAGUGCCGGCAGCUGUGGGACGAGCUGGGGGCCCUGUGGGUUUGUGUUGUCCUGAGCCCCCACUGCAAGCCUGAGGAGCGGGCUGGCUGGCUGCAGCUGCUGUGCAAGUGGGACAAACUGGAGGUGUGCCCCCUGGAAGAGGGCAACUAUGCCUUCGACAGCCCCAGCCUGCAACCCACUGCGGCCCCCAGCUCAGGCCCAGAGGUGGCAGCAGCAGGUUCCCGCCACACAGUGUUCAGCCGAGCCCUGCAGGCUGGGGAGCUGCACUGGAACGACGCCCACCUACAGAGGAUCCUGGCCAGUGACUCCUACAGCCCCAGCCUCAAAAGCAACGUAGGCUGUGACAACCUGACCUUCGACCCCCAGGGCCAUCCACUCUGGCUGGGAGAGCCCUUCCCCACAGCCUGUGCCCGCGUGGACACCCUACGUGCCCAUGGAUACCCUCGUCAGGCCCUGCGGCUGGCAGGAGCCAUUGUCAACACACUGCGGCUACAACGUCGGCAUCAGCUUGAGAGCUACAAACAACAGAAAAAAGAGCUGCUCCAGAAAGGCUCCACCUGCAUCACCAACACAGAAGGAUGGGUGGGCCACCCCUUGGACCCUAUUGGCUGCCUCUGCAGGGCACUCCUGGAGGCCUGUCGCCUAGAGGAAGAGACCCUCUCUCUUUACCCAGACGAAGGCCCUGAGAAGCAAAAGGUGGCCUACCAGCACGUGCCCGUGCCCGGGAGCCCCGGCGAGUCCUACUUCGCUCUGGCGCUAGAGGUGGCGCUGCUGGGCUUGGGACAGCAGAGAGCCCUGCCAGAGGGGCUGUAUGCCCAGGACAAGGUGGUGCGCAACGAGGAGCAACUGCUGGCCCUGCUGGAGCAGGUAGAGCUGGACGAGCGACUGGUGCAGGUGCUGCGCAAGCAGGCAGGGCUGCUGCUGGAAGGGGGUCCCUUCAGCGGCUUUGGAGAGGUGCUGUUCCGGGAGAGCGUGCCCAUGCACACCUGUGCCCGAUACCUGUUCACCGCACUGCUGCCCCACGACCCCGACCUGGCCUACCGCCUGGCGCUCCGAGCCAUGAGGCUGCCUGUACUGGAAUCAGCCUUUCCAGCUGGAGAACCUCACCCCAACCCAAUGGAGUCCAUCAUGAGCAACCGCUUCCCCCGCUGGUUCAUCCUGGGCCACCUAGAGACCCGCCAGUGUGAGCUUGCCUCCGCCAUGCUGAUGGCCGCCAAGGGAGACCCCAAGUGGCUACACACAGUGCUGGGUUCCGUCCAGCAGAACAUACACUCACCAGCCCUGCUCUUCAAGCUGGCGCAGGACGCCUGCAAGACAGCUGCCCCAGCCAGCGCGCCGCCGGACACCACACUGCUGGGCAUUGCGCUGGAGCUAGGCCUGCAGGUGAUGCGGAUGACCCUAAACACUAUGACCUGGCGUCGUAGGGAGAUGGUGCGCUGGCUGGUCACCUGUGCCACGGAGAUAGGCCCACAAGCCCUGAUGAAUAUCAUGCAAAACUGGUACUCUUUAUUCACACCAGUGGAGGCAGCCACGAUUGUGGCAGUGACGGGCACCGCUCAUGCCACACUAUUGCGGCUGCAACUGGAUGGGCCACGACGUGAGGAGCUCUGGGCCUGCGCCCGCACCCUGGCCUUGCAGUGCGCCAUGAAGGACCCGCAGAACUGUGCUUUGCCUGCUCUCACCCUGUGUGAGAAGAACCAUGCCGCCUUCGAGGCCGCCUAUCAAAUCGUGUUGGACGCAGCGGCCGGCGGCCUGGGCCACGCCCACCUUUUCACCUUGGCACGCUACAUGGAGCACCGUGGCCUGCCGCUGCGAGCCUACAAGCUGGCGACACUGGCCCUGGCGCAGCUCAGCAUCGCCUUCAACCAGGACAGCCACCCGGCGGUCAACGACGUGCUCUGGGCCUGUUCCCUUAGCCAUUCUUUGGGCCGCCACGAGCUCUCUGCCAUCGUGCCGCUCAUCAUCCGCAGCGUCCACUGCGCCCCCAUGCUCUCUGACAUCCUGCGCCGCUGGACCCUCUCAGCCCCUGGCCUGGGCCCCCUGGGAGCCCGCCGAUCUUCCAAGCCCCUGGGCGCCGACCGGGCGCCCCUCUGCCAGCUCCUGGAGGCCGCAGUGGCGGCCUACAUCACCACCAGCCACUCACGCCUCACACACAUCAGCCCACGGCACUACGGCGACUUCAUUGAGUUCCUGGGCAAGGCCCGUGAGACUUUCCUGCUGGCACCUGAUGGGCACCUUCAGUUCUCCCAGUUCUUGGAGAAUAUCAAACAGACCUACAAGGGCAAAAAGAAGCUCAUGCUUUUGGUGCGGGAGCGUUUCGGCUGAGGGGCCAGGGGAGGUCCCCCUUUGCCCCUGCCCUCCUGGCACUGCUCCCCACAGGGGGCUUCAGCAAUCUAGGCCCAGGUGGCAUUUCAGUAUUAAGUCAGGGAAGGAGCCAGGUUGGGGCAAGGUGGUCUUGCUUGGCACCCACCCCAAACCCAGCUGGAGACCGGGGUUAAGGAGGUGGCAUCCUACCACCUGUGUGCCUAGGAGUAUGCAAGAUGUGAGAAUCAGAAGCCACAGCCACCACCCGUAGGCCUGGAGGGGGGUGUAUGCUUGGGCUGCUGGUAUGAUCCCCACUUGGGCAUCCCAAAAGCAAUAGGCAAGUUCCCCUUCCUGGACUUGCAGGCCUGACUUGGGCUCCAGGGGGGCUAGGAGGCAGGACUUUCCAGGGACAGCCUUCAAAAGCUAUGUAGCAGAACCCCCUACACCCUACCCUGAGGUGACAGGAGCUCACCUUAGGGCAUCCAGAAUCCCCUUGUGCACCCUCCUGUCACUGCCUCAGGGCCCAUCCCACCUCCUGGACCUGCUCCCAGGCUGCCCAGUGGGGACCAUGCCUCCUCCCCAGUGAAGGAUUUUAAGAGGCCUCUGGUCUCAGCCACAUACCUCAGACCCCUCUUCCAGCGGGACCCCUGUUCCCUUCAGCAUCAGGGUCUCAGGGCGGGCUGGAGUCAUCGCUACCCCUCCCACCACCUGUUAGUCACUGGACACACAACUCAGGAACACAAGUGAGGCUAACACUGUCCCCCAAACUGCAAGAGCCAGGAACUGGGCCGCCUUAUUAAUGGCUGUCCAUCUGGCUCUCUCCCCCCUGUCUCCUGCCUCACCCCUUCAGCUUACUCUCCCUCUCCACAUUUCAUAGUUGCCUUUCUAUUUGUGUCUCUAAGUCCUAGCUGCUGUCGCUUUUCGGCCUUCCUUUCCACUCCCUCGGCCUGAGGAGGAGGAGAGAACGUCCCACCCCCAGUCAGCCCCUCUACCUCUUCUUCUCUUGUAUAUUAAGGACAAAGGAUCACACCGUUUUGUAAUUUUUUUCCUAUUUAUUGAACCUUAUAUUGCAUUUCCUUUUUUUCUUUUUUAAAGAAUAAUCACAGUUUUUACUUUUUAAUUUUAUUUUGGGGUUGGGGUGCAUCCGCCUGGGCCAGAACUCCCUGUUCCGUUCCCUCCUCAGGAAAUCUCUGGCCUCCUUUCUGGGCACAGCUUCAAGCAACGGGUGGAAUGAGAGCGACUGCUGGUUUUAUCCAACGGCCAAAAUGGCAAACGCGUAUAAGCGAUUUCCUUGUGUCGUUAAUUGUUACAGCAACUCUGUGAGGUUUAGUAUUUCCAUUUUACAGAUGGGAAAAUCGAGGCUCAAAAGUUUCCAAAAAGGGCACUCAGCCAGGAAGAGGUGGAACUAGACUUAUUACCAGGCUGCCCGCCCAGGUUGCGUGGCCCCUGCACCGCUGGGAAUGGCCACUCGGGGGUGCCCUGGCUCCAGACACACGCCAUUGGUGGUGUGGUCUGCAAGUUGCGGAGCAAGCGAGCUGCUUCAGGUACUAGGUGCAUAACCGCCCAGGAUUCGGGUGACUCAUGCAGCCCCAGGGACAGGUCGUUUCACCACAGUGCGCAUUAAUGGAGGGCUGAACGGGCGAGGGAGCUGGGUUGUUGCAGAACAGCCUCAACAGGCAGCUGGGUCGGAGGUCUGGAAAACACCCUGCGCAAAGUCCGGAGCAACCGGCCUGGACUAGGCCAUGGUGGGCGGGGCUCCGGCUGCGACGGGAAGAGGGGUGGGCGUGGUCAAGACAGCGGCGCUAGGCGGAGGGCGUGGUCAGCGCGGGUCGGCGGGUCGGGGGCGCCGGCACGGCGGCGAACCCUCCCGGCCCUCAAAUAGGAUGAGAGGUCUGGGGGACGGCCGGAACGUCUUUGGUUGCUUUCCUUCCCUGACUCCCCGAGAAGCAGCUCCCUCGGGACCUUUCUGCUGACGGACAAAUAGGGGUACUCGUGGCAGAGGCCUGAGUCUGGGUCACAGUCAGCGCCGGGGGCAGGCGAGGACAGAGGCUCCCGGGGGGCGGGGCUUAGAGUGGGGCUGGGCAGGGCCUGCCGACA